AUGGAACUGAGGUCAGGUAGAAGGGCUUUACUCAUAUACUGGAUUACAAUAUUAAUAUGUGGAACUAUAAUACUUUAUGGAAACAUCUUCGAAAUGGACUACUUGACCGUUAGAUUUAAUAAACCGUUGCUCAAACAAGGCUCGAAGGAAAAUAAUUUUACUAUUGAUACCCCAGGUUGUAAAAUACCAUACUUGGAUGCUUUCGAUAAAAACAUAAGGAAAUAUACAGAAAAAUAUUCUAAACCAAUAUGCGAUGUAAGUUCCCCACUUGUUGCGUCAAAUUUAACAUCAAUUUUUGUAUUACCAUCUUCAUUUCCUUUGUACCACAUUGAAGAUCUACGUUACUUGGAGUGCUGUUACCAACCAUUUUGGCGCAUCGAACCUGAAAAGGGCGAAGAAGAUACAAAAAUUGAAUUUGAUAAUACCUGUUAUCCAUUUAUAGACGACAUAGAUAUCCAAGAUGAGUUUAUCAAAGUUACUUGCAAAUAUAAUUCAACAAACAUUUAUGUAGAUACAUUUUCUUUUGUACCUCUUAAAAAUGGAAUGAAAUUUCAAGCCGAUCCUGAUCGUUUAAACGUACUAGUACUAGGAUUAGAUACUGUUUCUAGGUUGAACUUACAUCGACAAAUGCCUAAGACUGUAAAAUAUUUAGCAAACCUUGGUGGUGUAGAAUUGAUGGGUUACAAUAAAGUCGGUGAUAACACUUUUCCUAAUUUAAUUCCAGUAUUAACAGGUUUAACUGAAGAUGAAUUAAUAAAUAAUUGCUGGCCACAUCCAAAUGAUAAUUUUGAUAACUGUUCUUUCGUAUGGAAUCUGUACAAAGAAAAGGGGCACAUUACCGCAUACGGGGAAGAUUGCGCUUGGAUGGGCUUGUUUAACUAUGAAAGAAAGGGUUUUAAAAAACAAAACACAGAUUUUAACUACGCUGUUUUCAAUAGAAUGAGUGAAGGCCUCAUUGGUAACUCCAAAGAGGUAGAUUGUAAUCAAUGCAUAGGAAGUAGACUUGUUUACAAAGAAUUAUUAGAUUAUAUGAAAAAAUUCGUAAUCACGAUGGAUACAAAUCGUUUACCAUAUUUUGGUUUCUUCUGGGAAGUCACUAUAUUACACGAAUAUUUAAAUUCACCUCAAGUGUGUGAUGACGAUUACCAUUUACUGUUAAAAACCCUUUUGGAAGGAAACCAUUUAAACAAUACUGUGUUGGUAUUUAUGAGCGACCACGGCAUUAGAUGGGGUGAUAUCAGAGAAACUUUUCAAGGCAAAAUGGAGGAAAGAUUGCCGUUUGUAUUUUUCUUGUUUCCAGACUGGUUUCAAAGGAAAUAUAGCAAAGCCUAUGAGAAUCUCAAAAUAAAUACGAAAAGGUUGACCACUCCGUUUGAUUUAUAUGAAACGUUAGUUGUUUUGGUUAACCCAAACGAUUUACUCGUAGACUACAAUUUGAAAAAUACAAACCUACUAGACAGAGGCAUUAGUUUAUUUAAACCAAUUAGUGAUGAAAGAACUUGCGAAGAUGCUGGUAUCACUGAUAAUUGGUGUACUUGCACAGAAAGUAUGGAUAUCGAAAUUAACAAUAAAGUCCUUGAUGCAGCCAAAUCUGCUGUAGAUAAUAUAAAUUUUCAACUUAAAGGUUAUACUCAGUGUGCAAAACUGACUUUAGAUACGGUGAUAGAUGCAAAGUUAGUUUGGAAUCCAAGUGUGAAAAAGAAUACUAGUUUAGAUUAUUCUCUAACGUUAAGAACUUUACCGAGUCAAGCUGUUUUUGAAGUGACAAUGUCAAAUCUACGUAACGAUUCUUUCGAAGUCAUCGGUAGUAUUAGCAGAUUAAAUCUCUACGGAGACCAGAGCUCGUGCAUUACAGACUUUCAUCUGAAAUUAUACUGUUACUGUGUAAGUUUGUUAGGGUAA